AUGCCGUCAGGGGGUGAUUUUGGCGUUGCCCAAGGAAGCAAUCCCAGAGGACACCUUGGAGGACGCCAUGGAUGGUCCAGGAGACGGGCUUGUAGGCCCUCACCUGAGAACGACGGUGAACUCCCAGGCGCUAGACGACGAGGAAGGGCAUGUCAUCGAACUCCUCCUCGUCGAGUUUGCGAUGCCGGUGCGCUUGCAGUUGGAUCGGAAAACCCCGCGGACCAGGCGACAGUACCUGGGCUUUGUCGGGGACAAUACGGUCCUCCCGGACUUUGUCGAGUUGAACGAUGUCGUCAGCAGCUGGGUGGAAGGAGGGGAAGCGAGGCUGGAAGAGUACUUCACGGCCGCCGAGGAGGCACCUCCAGCUCCACCCGGAGACCAGAACAUCGCCAUCUUGACACAGCUCCAAGAACUUCAAGCCAGCAUGGAUCGUCGGUUUCAGGAGUUGGAGAGUCGGGUGGAGCGGAGAGGUCCAUCACCGCAGGAGCCAGCCAGAGCUCCGCCUACAGGGCCUUUAAAGAAAGGCGGCGACGACGAGCUCAACGGGCCGGGGUCAAGGGAUCGAAGCAGGGCUCUUUUGGAAUCAGUGCGGGAGCAAGCGGGACCACCACCGGCUCGGUUGGCAGACGAGCCGGGCCGAGGAGCGGAAACAGCUCGACAGGGGGCGCAUCUGCGGAAGUUGGUGGAGGAUGUGGAUCCCGAAACUUCGUCGGUGGACGACCUGAUGAAGCUUGCACUGUUAAAGAUGGUGCAGGGUACCAAAAGCAAAAAGGGCCGGAGACUUCCUGGGCUCCCCAACUUCGAAGACAGCUCGGAUUCGGAGAAGGGCGAGGGCGAGCAAAGUUGGUCUUCCACCAGCAAGGGAGGCCGAGGGAUAGAAGCAGUAGAGCGCUUGAAUCAGGCGAUGAAGACUUAUCCCGAUGCUUAUUCGGAGCGGAUGGAAGCUCGCAUGGCCAAGGCGGUGGAGUGUGCAGAGCUUCUGCCAACAGUGCCCAUGUUGUUCGCGAAGAGCUGCCCCGUAGGAAAGUCCAGGACCGCGGGCUACUGUCUGCAAGGAUUCGCAAAUGUGCAUCGUCUCCUGUUGGAGAACAAACCACGACAGGCCCGCCUCCAGGUCUUGCGGAUGAUGGGAGCGCUCGAGCAGUUCCUGAUCGACGAGAAUUGGUUGGUAGCUUCACGGCUGACGGGCAUGGAGGAGCCACCUUGGGGUCACUGGGCCACGCAGGACUUAGGAGCACUGAGGCGGCAGUACGUGUACAGCCGACUCGCCGAGUCCACGUGGAUCGGGGCACUCAUCAACGAGCUCAAGGAGGAAGAGUGGUUGACGAAAAAGAAGUUCUCCACGGCUGCUCCGAAGCCAAAGGCCAAAGGGGGGGGAAGAGACGCCACCGAGACCGAGAACACCGGUUCCUAAGCUGGUCGGCCCCCGGUGGUCCGCGUCGGGGUGCUCCUUUGGGCGAGCCUCACUUUAAGAAGGGCGAUGGCAAUUCUGCCACGGCCGUUCUGGGUCCUCUGGAGUUUCUGGAGGAUUGGUGUCGCUUCCUGGAGAGCGCUGAUCUGUACAGGGACCCGGUGCCGUAUCCUGAAAGCGGAUUCGUCGAAGGUGUCAUGAUUGAUGACCACCUAGGUCUGCAGCUCUUGAAGCGUCUCCCCAGCAUGAAGCGGACUUUGGAGCAACCAGCGCGAGAUCAGGAAGUCUUCGCAUCUUCAGCUUCGGCAUACGACUAUGCCAACUUGUUUCCCCAUCCAAAGAAGAAGCAACGAAGAAGCCUUCACGUCAAGGCUUGGGGAGCUGAGCUGGAGGGUGGGCGUGGCCUUGUGGGACCGGCGAGGGGGCGACUUCUUGCAUUGAGUCGACUGUCCGCUAUGUCUGCGAAGCCAGGUCCGAUGGACCAGCAAAUUUUGGAUGGUCCUAGGAUUCCGGUGCCGCCAUGGUUCUGGAAGUUGAGGCGUGGUGAUCAAGCAGGAGCGUUGGAACUGGAUGAGCUGCAGGGGCCGCAGCUACCGCGAGAAAGGGAUCAAUUGGUGCGGGGCCGUGUGACCGCGCUCACUCACAAGAUCCGCACCAACCUUCUGAAGGAUUUGACGAUCUGGCUGCAACCACGUGUGCCCCAGUAUUCCUUGGACGAGCUGGCCAGGACGCACAUCGACGUUUUGUGCGAAUGGUUAGAGGAAUUUAUGAUCAUCAUGUUUCUGGAGCACAAGAGCCGAAGAGCGGCGUCGGAGACGCUGAACGCUUUGGUGCAACAGUAUGGAUGGCUGAGAUCCUCGCUUGCAGGGCCUUGGAAUCUCAUUCGCACUUGGGAGCAGCUGGAGCCCGUGCAGCAUCAUCCCCCGAUGCCGCUUAUGGUGGUGUAUGCCCUUGCCACUACUGCGCUGCUGUGGAGAUGGCCGCGGAUGGCAGAUCUGGUGUUGCCGGGAGAUCAUUUCGACGACGAGGUGCUCUACGUUCGCAUAGGCCAGCCGAAGACUCGACACCGGGCGGCGGCCUCACAGCAUGUGCGAGUGGAUCAUCCAGGAGUGGCAGCUUGGAUUGUAGACGCUCUGCCUUCAACACCUGGGUGGAGAAGAAUUUGGAAUGGCUCUUGGGCGGCCUUCAAGCUGCGCUUUGAUGCGUUGCAGUCGGAAGUCCUGGAGGGCACACCCUUUCUUCCCUCCAGUUUGCGGCCAGGUGGUGCUACUUUUCUUUUCAGAAGCUGGGAUGAAAACCUGACGAGGCUGCAAUGGCGUGGCAGGUGGAAAUCCUUUCGCAUGCUGGAAACGUAUGUGCAAGAGUUGGGAGCCACUGAAGUCAAAGUGGGAACGCUGCUGUGUUUGCAGUGCUUGGCCUGGGAGCCCAAACUAGGGCUCUCAGACCGUCGCGGUCUAGACCGCUCUCUGUACUCCUUUUGCUGA